AUGCCAACUACUGUCGCCGACGCCAAGGUCACGGAACCGUCUGGGAACUUCUCCAUAUUGGCAUCACGCUUGAUCUCCGUAAGGUUUUCAACGGCCCCCCAAACCAUCGAUGAACUCGUCGAGGGUGUCAUACAAGGCAUCGCAACCGCUAGAAGUCAACUGGGUCUCACUGGUACCCAAAUCGUCUUGGAAACGCCAGUCUCAAAUCUCGAUAAGAACCAGAUGUCAUCUGCGCAUCCAGCUUGGCGCAACGCGAUGUGGCGUGCCAUUCAUGUCGGGGAAUGGGCAGAGCCUUUAGAGGCUGAUAAGCAGGCAAGUGUCGCGGGGCCAUUUUUGCAGAUCCUCAAGCCGUUGAAGAGAUUGAGCCCUGUUGGUGGCACGUACUUUAAUGAAGUACAUUACCUCGAGCCAGAUUGGGAGCAAACGUAUUUUGGAUCGAACUACCCCAGGCUUUUGGAGACUAAGAACAAAUAUGACCUGGCCCAUAUGCUUGAUUGUUGGAAGUGUGUUGGGCGGAGAGGUGAACACAAGUUCUCUGAUCAAUUGGGACGGAAGAAACUAACGCGAACGGCUGCGAAGCCCAUUAUACUCCUGCUAUUAGCGGUUUCCACGCAUCUUUCAUUGUAA